AUCGAUCACCCUAAACAACGCCAUCUAGGUUUUUGGGGAAUUAGGUGGAUAUAUUUAUUGUUGGUUGUAGGCAGUGAGAGUGAGAAACCACCAUGUCGACGAGGAUCAAAGGAAGAAAAACCUAACAUUCUUCGUCCAUCAAAAUCAUCAUGCAAGAUAGAUAUUUCAACACCAUGAUCAACAAGCAGCAUAAUGAUUUCUCCUCUCACAAAAUCAGUAUGAGUUAUGGAUUGGCUGUAAUUCUUUCUUCGGAUCCUUUGGAACAGAUUUGUACAAUUUGAUUGCAGUGAAGAACAGAUUUGGUAAGAAUGUUGAUGAACUUACUCUCCCUCUGUAGCUGUUGGAUUUUUUGUACUAGAAGAUUCAUAUGAAUCUGGAGCUGAUUGAGUUUUUGUAUUUGGAAUUUUCAACUGAUUCUGGAAGAAAGCGGAACUGGAACAAGAGAUGAAGAAGAUAUGAUUCUAAAAUUAAUUUAUGUUUUGUUACUGCAAAUCUAUAAUUUUACAUUCUUAUCUAUGUAAUAGUAUUGCUGAAUUUUGAUUUGCUUAAACCAAAUGAAUUGAAAUUCAGUGAAAGAACUAGUUUGGUCUUCCAAUUAAGCUGCGAUUUGUGUUGUCUCUUCAAAUCCCUUUUGUAAUGUUCCUCUUUGUCUGUAACCCAAACCAGGCUAUCUCAUGUUGGUGAUUUUUGUUAAAUUUCCCUGUCCCAACAAUCAUGUUACAAUCCCAAUCCCAAGUUUUGUGUUGUUUCGUUUCUCUGGAGACUGGAAGCUCAUUUCUGGAGAUUUGACAAGUAUUUCUUUGUCUUGAAAACCCAGAGUGCUCAUCACCAAACACAGAAAUGCAGAGAUUUGAUUUUCUAUUACAAAACAUGGGUCAGAUUUUAUCAGUUUUGCUUCAUGGUGACGGAAAAGCUGGGAACUCAGUUUUACAUCCAAUUUUCUGCUAUACCCCAUGAUUUGAUUAAUUCCCAAGUGCAGCACCUUUCAAGGAAAUGACACGUUCAGUUUUGUACUCUACAAGAUCUGAAGAUAGCCGGAAGAACGAAAUAUCCUUCAUUGGACAUUGAUGAGCUGAGAAUUAUGGAUCAGAAUUUCACAAGGCAUGGGAUUUCUGCUAAGAAGGAUUCAUGGAAGACAAUUUUGCUGUUGUCAUACCAAAGUCUUGGAGUGAUGUAUGGUGACUUGAGCAUUUCUCCGCUGUAUGUUUUUAGGAGCACGUUCGCUGAUGACAUUGAACAUUCUGAGACGAAUGAAGAGAUUUACGGUGUUCUUUGUUUUGUCUUCUGGACUUUAACUCUAGUCCCUCUAUUCAAGUAUGUUUUUGUAGUUCUUCGAGCGGAUGACAAUGGAGAGGGUGGAACUUUUGCUUUGUAUUCCUUGAUAUGUCGGCACGCAAGAGUAUGCCUACUUCCCAACAGGCAAAUUGCAGAUGAAGCGCUUUCUACUUAUAAACUAGAUUGUCCUUUGGAGAUAGAAAAUGUCUCCAGGGUGAAAGGUUUGCUGGAGAAACACAGGAGUUUGCAUACUGGUUUGCUGGUUUUGGUCCUGCUUGGUACCUGUAUGGUAAUUGGAGACGGGGUGCUCACGCCUGCAAUUUCAGUUUUCUCAGCAGUUUCAGGACUUGGGUUUUCCAUGUCGAAGGAGCAUCAUCUAUAUGCUGUGGUUCCCAUCACUUGCUUCGUAUUAGUAUGUCUAUUCGCGUUGCAACACUAUGGCACACAUCGGGUUGGCUUCCUAUUUGCACCAAUUGUCUUGACUUGGUUGCUGUGUAUCACUACCCUUGGCGUGUACAACAUUUGUCGAUGGAAUCCACAAAUUUAUAAAGCUUUAUCCCCAUAUUACAUGUACACCUUCUUGAAGAAAACAAAGAAAAGAGGAUGGAUGUCUCUGGGUGGAAUUCUACUGUGCAUAACAGGCUCGGAAGCAAUGUUUGCUGAUCUUGGUCAUUUCCCGUAUACCGCAGUCCAGAUUGCCUUCACAUUUAUGGUUUAUCCUGCACUGAUUCUGGAAUACAUGGGUCAAGCCGCCUAUUUGUCGAAGCAUCACCAAUUAAACGAUCAUCUCGGAUUUUUCAUAACUGUUCCAGAGAAUGUGCGGUUACCUGUGGUUAUAAUAGGCAUCUUUGCUGCGGUAGUGGGAAGUCAGGCAAUUAUCAGCGGUACAUUCUCGAUUAUUAACCAGAGCCAGUCUCUAGGUUGCUUUCCAAGGGUCAAAGUUGUUCACACAUCUGAAAAAAUUCAUGGCCAGAUUUACAUCCCCGAGAUCAACUGGAUGCUAAUGGUUCUCUGCAUCGCCGUAGCUGUUGGAUUCAGGGACACAAAACACAUGGGAAAUGCAUCAGGGCUAGCAGUAAUGACAGUGAUGCUGGUAACGACGUGUCUUACGUCCUUGGUGAUAGUCUUAUGUUGGCGCAAACCUCCUAUAAUUGCACUUGCCUUUCUUAUCUUCUUUGGCUCCAUCGAAAUUCUUUAUUUCUCAGCUUCCCUUAUCAAGUUCCUGGAAGGUGCUUGGGUUCCUAUUAUCUUAGCCUUCAUAUUGAUGACAAUCAUGUUUGUUUGGCAUUACGCAACCAUUAAAAAGUAUGAGUUUGACCUUCAGAACAAAGUAUCCUUGGAAUGGCUCUUAGCCUUGGAACCGAGCUUAGGCAUAGCUCGCGUCCCUGGCAUUGGCCUGGUUUACAGCGACCUCGUCUCUGGAAUCCCUGCAAAUUUCUCCCGCUUCAUCACUAACCUCCCUGCUUUCCACCGGGUGCUCGUCUUUGUAUGUGUCAAAGCUGUACCUGUACCUUAUGUGCCAAAUGCAGAAAGGUAUUUAGUAGGACGUGUUGGUCCCCAAGCUCAUCGAUCUUACAGGUGCAUUGUCCGUCUUGGAUACCGAGAUGUUCACCAGGAUGUGGACUCAUUUGAAUCUGAGCUGGUAAAAAAUCUGGCUGCAUUCAUUCGGUUUGAUGCAUCUGACAGCCGUGGACCUGAUUCAUUCACCAGUGAAAUGUCAGGAUCUGGUGAGUGUAGACUGACAGUAAUUGGGACAGCGGAUUUCUCGGGUCCGCCUGCGUACGAGGUUGAUGGCAGUGUUGGGCUGGGGAGCGUAUCAGCCGGAUUCGAAACCAUUGAGAGUAUGACUGAAAUGACAGGAGUGGAAACUAUUGUUGCUAUUGACAGAAGUGAAAGAAGGGUGAGGUUUGCAGUUGAUGAUGAAUCUGACAGACGGCACGAAACAAGUGACAGUGUACUGGAAGAGCUAGAAGAGUUGCGCGCAGCGCAAGAGGCUGGCACUGCUUUCAUUUUAGGGAAGUCAUAUGUAAAGGCAAGACAAGGAUCAUCUUUCUUGAAGAGAUUUGCAAUCAAUGUUGGAUACAAUUUCCUAAGGCAAAACUGCAGAGGACCGGAUGUGGCACUCCGGGUUCCGACUGCAUCCCUUCUGGAGGUCGGAAUGGUGUAUGUUCUCUAGUAUAUGCUAAUUUAAGUAUGCUGCAGAUGUAACUAAAAGAUAUGUAAUUUGGUAUGUGAUAUACAAACACUGAAUGGCGAAACAAAACGUUUUUCUUCUUCUUUAUGUAUCAAAACUGCUUCCUAUUUA